UAAUAUCAAACAGAACCUUUCGCGGACACAGAAAAGCAAAAGUAGUAGAAGAAGAAAGAUUAAAAAAAAAAAAAACCCGAUGAAUAGUAUAUUUUCGGUCGACGAUUUCUCCGAUCUGUCAUGGCAGGCCACGGUGACCGCUCAUCCUCCGGUGAUGAGUAGGAGUGCAUCGGAGUGGGAGCUGGAAAAGUUUCUAGAAGAAUUCCCGGCCCCUACUUCCUCAUCCGCUAGCGACAACACCGCUGUUCCUUCUGCGGUCUCCCAAUCACCGACUUUAUCGAAGCCGCGGAAUGGUGAAGACGAUGUGGUGGAGAUCGAAAAGCCUGAAAUUCAUCCUCUUCCUCCUCCUGCUUCUCUUCCUCGUAAUUUUCUGCCUCAGCCGUUGGAUCGCGCUUCAUUGGCUCCGACUGAUUCAGAGGACUACCGCGCUUUCCUCAAGUCCCAGCUCGAUCUCGCCUGUGCUGCUGCGGCCAAGUCUCGGGAAUCGAGUGUAAAGCCUGAAGGUGUUUCUUCUUUAGCUGAGGAUCAAACCGUGGCUGCCAAGAAUUUGCCGCCAGGAUCACAAUUUUGUGGUAAUGGUAAUGGUAAUGGUAAUGGUAAUGGUAAUGGUAUAUCCAAGGCACAGAGUGACGCUGAUGGUGGAUCACUUCGCCUUCCAGCAUUAACUUCUACACAGAGAAAACAAGAGAUACCAGCGAGGCAAACAACCAGCGGUUCUUCAAGAGAGGAUUCAGAUGAUGAUGAUCUUGAUGGAGAUACAGGAACCAAUGAACAUAUGGAUCCUGCUGAUGAAAAACGUGCAAGGAGGAUGCAGUCAAAUCGAGAGUCAGCCAGACGUUCAAGAAGAAGAAAACAGGCACAGCUAAAUGAACUCGAAGCACAGGUUGGUCAUCUGAGGGAUGAGCGCACUUCAUUGCUAACUCGCUUAACAGACAUAAAUAAGAAGUGUGAUGAUGCUUCUGUUGACAAUAGAAUUUUGAAUGCCAAUAUUGAAACAUUAAGGACAAAGGUCCAAAUGGCUGAAGAUCAAGUUAAACGAGUGACUGGUUUGAACCCUCUGCUUCUAGCAAGAUCCAACACGCCCAGCAUAGGGAUGCAGUUUGUUGCUGGUCAAACCGAUGCAUCUGCGGGUGUUGCUGUGCCGAUGCAACCAAACAACAACCAUUUCUUUCACCAUUCAGUUCCUAAUAUCCCCUCCAGUGCUCAACAUUUGCAAGGACUAAACAAUAGCUGCCAUAACAACAAUCUAACUUCUCUUGCCACAAAUCCGCAAGGUGAUAAUGGAACAAGUAAUAUUGGUGGAAUGCCCUCUAUGCAGCAGUUAACAGCUACUGGGCAAGCUAUGGCUGAUACGGCUCCCAUGCAACAUGUACAAAAGCAAACUGUUCCUAGGGUCGGGCCAGCGACUUUGCCCAGUGGCAACAAAGUUCUUUCUCAUCCAGUUGCAAAGGAUAAUAAAAAGAAAUGACUCAAAUGCUUCUCCUAUUACUGCUGGUUGAAGUUAGGGUUUGGAAAAGGUUAUUUCAUGGUACAAUUAUUGGUUCAAAUAAUUAUGGGAUUUUCAACUUUAUAUUAGGCCUUUUUAUUAAUUUUAUAAAUAAGUGUUUUCACCUAA